GCUCUUUUCCUGUUUCCCUUCGCCCUGGAGAAGGUCGCUGUGACCGAGACUGAGGAUUUUGAAAGCCGACAAGAUGUUGUCUCUCGCUGCUCGCACCGGGGCUUUCUCCCCGUACUUGCAGGCAACUUCUUAUGCUGUGGCCGGGCAGCUUAAACCGCUCGCCCCAGGUGUUGUUGUCCUCAAGGCCGAUAAGGUGCUGCAGGAUCUAAAGAAACCAUUCCUGUGCCGGGAGUCCUUAAACGGGCAGAGCCCAAGAACUGGGCCCGCCGUCUCUGUCAGCAUCAAUGCUCCUGCCUCUAUUCGUUUUGCGCAUACUGACAUCAGAGUCCCUGAUUUUUCCGAUUACAGAAGGCCGGAAGUGCUGGAUUCCGACAAGCCCUCUCAAAAGAGCAGUGAGGCCAGGCGAGGGUUCUCCUACUUGUUGACUGGAGCAACAGCUGUGGUGACAGCUUAUACUGCCAAGACAGUUGUCACUCAGUUCAUCUCUACGAUGAGUGCCUCUGCCGAUGUGUUGGCGCUGUCGAAAAUCGAAGUCAAACUGUCCGAUAUCCCAGAGGGCAAGAACAUGACCUUCAAGUGGAGGGGGAAGCCACUCUUUGUCCGUCACAGAACAGCAAAAGAGAUUGAGCAGGAAGCCGAUGUGAACUUAAGUGAGCUGCGAGACCCCCAGCACGAUUUAGAUAGAGUCCAGAAACCCAAAUGGGUGAUUGUGAUUGGAGUCUGCACUCACCUUGGCUGUGUGCCUAUUGCUAAUGCUGGUGAUUAUGGUGGUUACUACUGUCCUUGCCAUGGCUCUCAUUACGAUGCCUCAGGUAGAAUAAGAAAGGGUCCUGCACCUGCCAACCUAGAGGUGCCCUAUUAUGAGUUCCCUGAUGAGGAAACAGUUAUUGUCGGGUAGAUCUGGGACUUUUUCAUUUCUUAUCUAAGCAUUGUGUUUAUUUGAGCUGCAUUGCCCUUAACAUCUGAUUAUCUUAGGCACAGCAUACAAGUAUUAAGAUGAUGCAAGUAAUAAAUGUAAAUUUUACCACACUUAGAACACGUUGUCUCAAGUUAUUUAUUCAGCUCAUUCAAAACUCAGUUCUUUUCCCUUACAGAAAGACUUGAUCAUCUCAAAGUAAAUGUCUUCAGAUUUAAUCUUUAUGAUAUGGUUACAAAUGGAAGUGCAACAUUGAAAACUUAAAGGCAGCAUGGAAGAGAUUGCUUCACUGAUAAGAUUGCAGUGUAAUGAAAAAUUGCUUUGAACAUAGAUUUGGGUUUCAGUGUGGUGUUCAGAUUUUUAAAUUGAUUUAUUUUUCUGACAACUGUGAUGUAGACAAAUAUUUAGGAGUACUAGAAACUUUGGAAGUGGAGGCUAAAGUGCUUCCUAUAAUUGCAAGCAUAGAGUACUCUCAAAAUCCAUAUUGUAAUUUCCUGAAUUGUACCAUCUUGUAAUACAUUAUGGUUGCCUUAUUUUGAGAUAUCCCUCAAAAAAUAAAUUGAAGGAAAAAAUACAUUUAAAUCAUCUUAGUAGUUCCUUGAGACUAUUACUGAUGGAAAAUAUAAGUAUCCUUGUGGUUGUAAAUAUUCAAUGAUUUUAAAUCCAAAACAUUGAAUCAGGGAGACACUGAAUGUUCUUUGAUUUUCCUAGUAAAUGUUCAUUAUUUUGGUGUACAUCCACAAUGACAUCUAUUUUGCAUAUUUAAAAGCGAGGGAAAAUAAUCUUGUAAGUUUUGAUUUACCAUAUACAGAUACUGCAUAAUCGCUACAGCAAUAUAUGAAGUCUAUAUAUGUUAAACUGUUAUUGCUCUCUGUGUUAAUGAAAAUCUAAAUAACAGAUAUUGAAAGUGCUACCAUCUCCUUUCCCAAAUAAAAUUUGAUUUUUUUUCGGUUA